AUGAGCUAUGGACGCCUUCCAGCCCGCCAGGUGAGGCACCAGUCGACGAAAACGGAAGAAACGAAACCAGACACGCUGGUGAUUCGGAAGCAAGAUGGGCCAUCUACCGAGGUGGCCGAAAGCGCCGAAAAAAAAGCAGCUGAGAAGGCAAAACCCACCCUCUGGGAGAAGGUCAAGCACGAGGCGUCUCACUACUGGAACGGCACCAAGUUGUUGGGUUACGAGAUCAAGGUCUCGACCAAGUUGUUGGUCAAGAUGGUCUCCGGCUACGGCUUGUCGAGAAGAGAAAACAACCAGUUGCAGCGCACCAUUGUGGAUGUGAUCCGAUUGGUGCCUUUCUCUAUGUUUGUGCUUGUUCCUUUCGCCGAGUUGUUGUUGCCUGUUGCGUUGAAGAUCUUCCCUAACUUGUUGCCAUCCACCUACCAGUCGAAGCUGGACAUCAAGAAGAAGAGAGCCGACUUGUCCAAGAGAAGAGUCAAUGCUUCUGACUACAUCAAGAAGACUAUGGAGGAGAGCGGCCUCAAGUUGUCCAAGAUUUCGGAGGAGGAAAAGCAGGCCUUCGUUGGCUUUUUCGACAUCAUCUCCAUGGGUAAGACGCCAGACAGAGAGCACUUGACCAGGGUCGCCCGUAUGUUCAAGAACGAUCAGGUUUUGGAUAACUUGUCUCGUCCUCAAUUGGUGGCCAUGGCCAAGUACAUGUCGCUCAGACCUUUUGGUACCGACUCCAUUUUGCGUUAUCAAAUUAGACACCGUUUGUUGACCAUUAUCAAGGACGACAAGGCCAUCGAUUACGAGGGUGUGGAGUCUUUGACGGUCCCUGAGUUGCAUGUGGCUUGUUCCCAGAGAGGUAUCAAGACCCAGGAUGUCUCCCCAGGCAGAUUGAGAGAGGACUUGGACACUUGGUUGGACUUGAGAUUGAGACAGAAGAUCCCCUCUACCCUUUUGAUUCUUUCCUCUGCUUACACCUACGGUGAGCACACCCAGGGUAUUGACACGUAUUACGAUGCCCUUUUGGCUGUCUUGUCCUCUAUUCCUGACGAGGUGUACAAUGUUGCUAAGUUGAGUAUGUCUGACGACUCCAAGUUGAAGUUGGACAUCUUGAAGGAGCAGGAUGAGAUGAUCAAUGAGGAGAACUUGAGAGAGAAGGACACUGUCAACAACAUUAAGGAUGAGAUCCAGUUGGACGAGUACGAGGACACUGCCAGCGAGGGAAUGAAGAUUGAGGAAGACGAGUCCAAGGGAGGCAAGGAGAAGGACAAUGAGAAGAGUGAGAAGAACAGUGAGAAGAAGAGUGAGGAGAGUGACGCCGGUACUACUGUCAGUGGCGACAAAAAAUAG